UCUAAAUACAACAAGAAUAAGUAUAAAAAUGGAUUAAUCUUCUUAAAAGCCGCAGUGGGCAUAAGAUUUUGACAACAUGAAGUUGACACUUGCAUUCCUGUUUGUAUCUUUGGCAUACACAGCCAAUGCUGUGCCCAUUGAGCAGAGAGAAGAUGUCAUUUACCCCAGAUUCAUCCAAUUCCCUGAUGGUGAUGGUGUUCUGCAUGAUGUUGAUUUAGAAGAUGAAGUUGACGAAGAAUUAUUAGUUGGGAUUGCUGAACGCAACUUAUACUUAUUGUUCACCAGGCGCAAUCCUGAUGCUGGUCAAACUUUGAUCAUCAACGACGCCGACUCCAUCAGGAGCUCCAAUUUCAACCCUAACCAUAACACCGUGGUGAUCGCUCACGGCUGGCUCAGCAACCAGAACACUGGGAUCAACGCUAGGAUCCGCGAAGCUUAUCUCGGGAAGGGUGAAGCCAAUGUUAUUGUCCUUGACUGGAGGCGUUUGGCUCGUUCUAACUACAUCACAGCUGUCCGCGGUGUCCCUGCAGUAGGCAAAGGAUUAGGACAGUUCAUCCGUUACCUCGUCGGUGUAACCGGAGCUAGAUACGAGACCAUUCAUUUAGUCGGAUUCAGUCUGGGCGCUCAUUUGGUGGGAAAUGCUGGCAGGGAGCUUGACGGAAGAGUAGCUCGUGUUACUGGUCUUGACCCCGCUGGUCCUCUAUGGAACUUGAACUCCAACCGCAUCAACUCUGGUGACGCCAGAUACGUCGAAGCUAUCCACACUAACGGCGCCAUCACCGGUCUUGGCAUCGGAACUGCCGUGGGUCACGCUGACUUCUUCCCCAACGGUGGAAACUCACAACCUGGCUGUCUCACUUACAUCUGUGACCACAACCGCGCCUGGGAGUUCUUUGCCGCGACAGUCUCUUACGACCAUUUGGUCGGCAGAGAAUGCUCAAGCUCUCUCCAGAUUACCCUCAACACGUGCCGUGGAGGAGAAUUCCGCAUGGGCAAUGAUGAUUUGACCAAAUUUGGACAAGGAAGAUACCGCCUGAGCACCCGCCGACGAUACCCCUACUAAUCGAAAUGGAUUCCGAAAUAAAAUCUUGAUUUAUUAUCA